AAACAACCUUGAUUAUAACCUUCAAUCCACUUCAAUUAUAAACACGGCGCCAGUGCUUCGUUCUGUCCCUUCAAAAUUCGAUUUCUAACAUCGAUAACUGCAAAAUUUAUGCACAGGAUGGCUGCUCUACCACCAGCAAGUGUAUUAACGCAAUUGUCGGCGAACAAGGUUUUUGGAGGUUAUCAAAAGAUCUUUUCACAUGAAUCCUCGGUGCUGGGAUGCACCAUGAAAUUUGGGGUUUACUUCCCCCCGCAGUACGAGGACAAACCUCUGCCCGUCAUUUUCUGGUUGUCCGGUUUGACAUGUUCAGAGGCGAACUUCAUCGAGAAGUCUGGAGCCCAGCGGUAUGCAGCCGAGCACGGCGUUAUCCUGGUCAAUCCCGACACAUCUCCGCGUAAUUUGAACAUCGACGGUGAUUCCAAGGACUGGGACUUUGGUGUAGGCGCCGGGUUCUAUGUGAACGCCACACAGGAACCAUGGAAGACGAACUACCAAAUGUUCAAUUACGUUAAUUACGAGCUGCAUUCGACAGUCGCUGAUAACUUCCAGGUCACCGGGGCCCAAUCUAUCAUGGGCCAUAGUAUGGGCGGUCACGGUGCUCUGGUGUGCGCGUUGAAGUUGCCCGGUUUGUACAAGGCCGUUUCCGCAUUUGCACCGAUCUCGAACCCCAUCAACUGCCCAUGGGGACAAAAAGCCUUCUCCGGGUACCUGGGUCCAAUGGAAACGGGAAAUUGGGAAGAGUGGGACGCCAGCAAACUGGUUAAAAAAUACAACGGUCCACCUUUACCCAUCUUCGUUGAUCAGGGAACCGGCGACAAGUUCUAUAAGGAAGGGCAACUCCUGCCAGAAAAUCUGGUUGUCGCAUGCAAAGACGGCGCCAAUCUUAUCAAUUUGGUACUAGAGAUGAGGGACAGUUACGAUCAUAGCUACUAUUACAUCUCCAGCUUCAUCGGAGAUCACAUCAAAAGGCACGCGACUAUCUUGAACGCCAAAUAAAUUUCGCGUAUUCGCUACCAAAAAUAUCGUUGUAGAUCGAAAUAAAUAAAACAAUUUAUUUUUCCAACAAUAA